UCUGCAACUUUUUUCCCUCCUCCCCCUCUCUCUCUCUCCCUCACCCCCUUACUCGCUGUUUUUUCCCCUUUCCGCCGACCAAAAAUCCUGUAUUUCUCCUCUGCCAAGCCAAUCAAUCAAUCAAUCGGCGGUUCAGUCUUUCCACAAAUGCAAGACUUCAUCGGAUCGGUCAGGCGGUCGCUCGUCUUCCGCCCCGACACAGAGAGCAGCAGCACUACGGCGGAACUAAACAGCGGCGGCAGCCCUCCAUUAACGGGGACUCGCCCAUUGGUCGACAAGAUCAAUUCAUGCAUUCGGAAGUCUAGAAUCUUCGCCAAACCUUUGUCUUCCCCUCCGCUUCCAAUGGCUCCUCCGAUCCGGUACCGGAAAGGAGAGCUGAUCGGGUGCGGCGCGUUUGGUCAGGUCUAUAUGGGCAUGAAUCUUGAUUCCGGAGAGCUUUUGGCUAUCAAGCAGGUUCUGAUUGCAGCCAAUGGUGCUUCCAAGGAGAGAGCACAGGCUCAUGUCAAAGAUCUUGAGGAAGAAGUGAAGCUUCUGAAGAAUCUUUCACAUACCAACAUCGUGAGAUACCUCGGCACAGUUAGGGAGGAGGAAUCAUUGAACAUUUUGCUUGAAUUUGUUCCUGGUGGAUCUAUAUCCUCACUUUUAGGAAAAUUUGGACCUUUUCCUGAAGCGGUUAUCAGAACAUAUACUGAGCAAUUGUUGCUGGGAUUGGAGUACUUGCACAGUAAUGGCAUCAUGCAUAGAGACAUUAAGGGAGCAAAUAUCCUUGUAGAUAAUAAAGGAUGCAUUAAACUUGCGGAUUUUGGUGCAUCGAAGCAGGUAGUUGAGCUGGCCACAAUUUCAGGGGCGAAGUCAAUGAAGGGUACACCAUACUGGAUGGCGCCUGAAGUCAUUCGUCAGACAGGGCAUAGCUUUUCUGCUGACAUUUGGAGUGUUGGAUGUACUGUGAUUGAGAUGGCAACUGGAAAACCUCCUUGGAGCCAACAAUACCAAGAGGUUGCCGCCCUCUUUCACAUAGGAUCAACAAAGUCACAUCCAGAAAUACCUGAGCAUCUCUCAGAUGAUGCCAAAGAUUUUCUGCUCAAGUGCUUGCAAAAGUACCAUUUUACUGCUUUUUUACUGGCCUUUUUCUUGAUACAUCCAUUUGUUAUAGGGGGGCAUGGAGUUUCUGAUACAGCAACCAGUUUUACUCCACAGUCACAACCCACCCAAAUAGACAUCAGCCCUCUUGAUAGACCAUUGCCAUCUGUAUCUGGCUCUGGAGAUCUCUGUAACUUGGGGAGUCUAAACUUUUCUGUAAAUCUUCAAAACUCAAGUGAAACUCAACAUCUGUGGCGACCAAAUGAUGAGGACGCUGAUAUGUGUCAGAUCGAUAGUAGUUUCAGUAUAUCAAAUCAAAAUCCUAUGAUGACUUCUGGUGAAUUUGACAAUGAUCAGAAUGUCAAGCAUGAGUUCGUUGGAGAUUUAAUGGGAAAAUUCGAUGAGUGUCUCGAACCAGAUGAAGGAGUUCGAAUGUGCACUGAAGAACCAGCUCAGUGCAACAGAACCUUGUCAUGUGAAAUAUCAUUAUCUGAGGAUGAUGAUGAACUCACUGAAUCGAAAAUCAAAGCUUUUCUAGAUGAAAAGGCUUUAGAGCUGAAGAAACUGCAAACGCCUCUUUUUGAAGAAUUCUACAACAGCAUGAUUGCAACUAGCUCCUCAAGUUUUCCUCAGGGCUUGUGCAAUGAAACUUCUCCAAAUUACUUGAAGUUGCCACCUAAAAGUAAGUCACCUAGUAGAGGAGUUCCGCUGGGGGCCUCCUCCCCUGUAACUGAUACCGAAACCCCUGGGAGCACUGGUCGGAGUGCAUCAAAUGUCGUUGAUGCAAAUGAUGCAACUUCAAGAGCCAUUUCUUCUGCACAUGCUGAUGGACAAAAUGUAGUAUUCGUUGAUACUCAGCCAGAAUCUAUUGAGGUUUCUGAGAGACAGAGGAAAUGGAAGGAAGAGCUUGUUCAGGAGCUCGAGAGGAAGAGAGGUAUGAGGGACUGUCUUCCUUUUGCUUACUAUAACUGGUUGCUAACUUCAUAUUCAUUAAUGUAGGGUUGAAAAUGGGGGACAGUUAAACCAAAACUAAAUUUCAUUGGGUUGGGGGAACCAAAUUUCGGGUGACAGAACUGAAUAUGAAAUAUUGGUUUUACAUUCAGCUCACUAAUGCUUCCCUCUGUUUUUUGCAGAGAUGAUGAGACAGGCAGGGAUUGCAGCCAAAACUUCCUCAUCACCGAAGGAUCGAGCACUGAACAGGCAAAGGGAAAAGACUAGAUUCGCGUCAUCUCCAGGGAAGUAAAGUCUCAAACUUCUACUACUGAUGAUAAAUGUUCUUCUUCCCCAAAGUUUUGAUGGACAAGAAGAGAUAAAUUCUCUGUGAAGAGUUUUUGUCUGGCACCCUUGUAAAUAUAUCUCUUUGAAUACUACCUGGUUUCUCCAAAGCUUUGCCACACAUGAGAGGAGAUUAGUUUGUUAAUAGAAAUGUGUUCUUUCGAUUCCGACCCUCUUGCUGGUUUGUAACCAAUUUUGCAUGAGAAUGUGUUGAAGUGAAUCAAGUUAACGAGCUUCUGGUUGAAAGAUCUGAAUCUCAACUCCCACAGAAAAUGUUCUCAUCCUCUUAUUCAAUAAAUCUUUUCAAGUUUCCGUUCUGUAAUUUUUCUGUUUAUUUUUAAUCGUGAAAAGAU